GCUGCUCCCGCUCAUUCUCGAUUCUCGUGUGUUGGUUGCUGCAUUGUUGCAGUUUGAGUUGAAAUAUUUGAGAAUUUGCAGACUUUAACAGCACCAAAAUGUCCAUCAACCUCACAGCAGGUAGCUUGAAGAAGUUAAUGGAAGGAAACCCGAUGGAAAACCCGGCUGUCCAGAUCGUGAACAUUCGAAAGAUGAACCAAAAGGGCACGACCGACAGAUAUCGCAUGCACAUUUCGGACGGUGUGAACAGCAUUAACUUCGUCAUGCUGGGCACCCAGUUGAACCCUAAGGUCGAGUCUGGAGACCUCGUCGAAUACUCCAUCAUCGCUCUGAAGCACACCAUUACGAGCAAGAUCAAGUCUGGUGGAGGUGAUCGGAAGGUGAUCAUAAUAUUGGAUUGCGAGCUUUUGGUUCCUGGUUCAGAAGUCAACGUAAAGAUUGGAAAUCCUGAGCUUUUAGUCCUCGAAGAAAACACCCAAGACGAGUCUUCGGCGGCUCCUGCUGCAGCUCCAGCCCCUACAGCUCCUGUCAGGGAGAACGGCGUUGCUCGCCACAACCCUCCAGUAGCCAUGGAAAGGCCAGCACCUCCUGCUGUGUCGCCUCUGAAUGGACAUCAGCCCCCUAAAAGACCAAGGAUGGAUUCGAGCAGUGAUGCAAACGUUCGUCCCAUCAGCAGCAUCAAUCCGUUCCAGAACAAGUGGGUCAUCAAGGCCAGGGUUACUAAUAAAGGAGCAACAAGGGAAUGGAAGAAUGCGAGGGGAGAGGGCAAGCUUUUCAACAUGGAUCUGAAGGACGGCUCCGGAGAAAUUAGAGCUGCUGCUUUCAAUGAUGAAGUGGAUAAAUUUUUCGAUGAUAUUAAACAAGGACAUGUCUACUUGAUUGGCAACUGUACUGUGAAACCAGCCAACAAGAAGUACAGCUCCCUGAACCACGACUACGAGCUCUCCUUUAACCGAGAAACGUUUGUCAAUGAAGCCGAUGACGAUGCUAGUGUCCCUACAAUUAAUUACGAAAUCACUCCCAUUGAAAGCAUCAAAGAAGUUGCUGUUGAUGCCUUUGUUGACAUUGUUGCUGUCUGCCACUCUUGCAGUGAUGUCCAACAUUUGGUCUCCAGAGCUACAAGCAGGGAGUUGAAAAAGAGGGACGUCGUUUUGGUUGACAAAACCAUGCACUCCAUCACUCUCACUUUGUGGGGAGAAGAGGCUGAGAAGUUUGACAUCAGCAGCAACCCAAUCAUUGCCAUUCGCAAUGCCAGGGUCAACGAGUAUCAGAACAAUAAGAAUCUCGGCACCACUUCGAAUUCUAGUAUCGAGUAUAAUCCUGGUGAUUUGCCAGCUGCUCAUGAAUUGAAAUCCUGGUAUGAAAAUGAAGGGAAUCAAGCACAAUUCCAGGGAAUAUCUUCCUCUGGACAGCCCUCUGCAGGCGUCGGAGGAUUUGAUUCAUGGACAUACUUGGGAGCAGUUAAAGACGAGCAGCUUGGACAGAAAGAUAAGCCAGACUACAUUGGAGUGGUGGCCACUGUCCUGUCCAUGAAGCGUGACAAUUUCUUUUACAUGUCUUGUCCUAACGAUGAAUGCAAGAAAAAGAUUAUGGACAACGGCAAUGGAAUUUUCCGUUGUGAGAAAUGUGACAAAGACUACCAGGAUUUCAACACUCGCUACAUUUUGAAUGCGAACAUUGCUGACUGGUCUGGCAAUGCUUGGGUUACUCUGUUUGAUGAUGAGGCAAAAAGACUGCUGAAGGUCGAGAGCCGAGAACUGUCAAGGCUCAAGGAUGAAGAACCAGAAGAAUACAAUGCAUACUUCGACGCAGCCCGAUUCAAACCGAUGCAGUUUAAGUUGCGAGUUAAAAUGGAGAAGUACAAUGAUGAAAACCGUAUAAAAACCUCAGUUGUGAAGAUGGAAGAGCUCAACUUGGUUGAAUACAACAAGAGGCUUGUGAAGGAAAUCGAAGAGAUGAGAGCCCAGUUGGGAGUUUAAAAUGGGGUGUCCGUAAUCAUCCUAUAUUUUGGUGUUUAUCAAAAUGCACUUGAAACAAUGAAGAUUCUGGUUUAAAAUUUGAAUUAUACUAUUUAAAAUUAGUAGAUUUAACUCUCAUCAGUCCUUAUUUGAUAUUGUAUUUAAAUGCUUUUUUGUCACUAAUUAUUCAUAUUCAAAGUGGAAUACAAAGUGAAGCAAAACCUCUUAAAAUUUUCUCGGUAAACCUUUUUGUUUCAACAAUUAAAUAUUAUUAAGUUGAAUUAAGUUAUAAAGUGUUUAAAUGAGAUGCAUAUUAAUUAUUAAUACCUUAAUAAGUGCUUCAGAAAAUAUAGAUAAUGCAAAACCGACUGUGUGAAUGUGAACAGGCAAAUAAUCUUAAUGCCAAAAUUUAAAAGGUUGAGAUUUCUGGCCAGGUGAAUAGAAUUGAUUUCUGCGUAUUUUUCCUGUAUUCUAAGCAAAACCAUUUUUACUUUUUUUUCUGUACACUAUAUAAAAAUAAAAAAUUAAAUAAUUUCAAAUAAGAUUGGAAAACUUCGUUUCCUUUAAUUUUUCCUCAUUCUAUUAUUACAUUUUUAUCACGUUUAUAGAAAAAAAAGAUUGGAAUAACUUAAUUUUCACUGUUCAGACAUACCCAGUCUUAUAAACUGCACAAAACAAUUUUUGUUCCAAAUUUCACAAAGUGGGACUUGGUGCCAAGAAUUAUUAAAACCUCAGUGAUAUUCUUGAUUUACACCAUUUUUAUUUGACAUACAAAAAGUAUUAUUUUCAUUUUUAGUAGUGGCCAAGGGUGUUAAAAAACCACGAUUACUCUUAAAUACAAAAAGAUUACAAUAUAUUGUCAACGGCAGCUGUCAAUGAAUUUAUACUUUUUAUUCCUAUGCUCAAGAUAACUGCUGCUCAUAAUUAAGUUUUCAAAGUCCAAAUUCGGCCUGUAAA